GCCAACUUCGCGACGUCAUUGCUGAAUGUUUGUUUACCUGAUUGAUCUGAAGAAGUUUUGAAAGAAAUUCAAGUAAAUGUCGAAAAAAUACCAAAAAUGUUUCAUCACGGUGGGUACAACACGUUUCGAUUUGCUCGUCGAGACCAUCAUGACUCCUUCAGUUCUAAAAAGCCUAAAGAAUAUGGGUUGCAAAGUGAUAACCUUGCAAAUCGGCAAUAGUGAUUUCCAGCCAGGUAUUUACGAUAAAGAAGGGGUUCAAAUUAACGCAUAUAGAUUGAAAGAUUCUAUAUUGGACGAUAUAAACAACGCGGACCUUGUUAUCAGCCACGCAGGAGCUGGGAGCUGCUUAGAAGUCCUAGAAGCUCGGAAACCUUUACUGGUGGUUGUAAAUGAGGAACUAAUGGACAACCAUCAGAUAGAGCUAGCUGAGCAGUUGCAAGUGGACGGGCAUUUGUAUUAUUGCACCUGUGACACCAUCGAAAGUACAUUAGAUAUGCUAGACUUUGGUAUGUUGAACCCAUUCCCGAAGCCAGAUCCAACAUUAUUUAUUAGGUAUUUAGAUGAUGUGUUUAGAGUUAAACCUAAGGCUAAAUAAUUGUAAGUUUCUCGUGUUUUAUAAUGUACAGUAACUUUUAAUCUUACAGCAUAGUAAGUGUAAAUAAAUAUAAUACCUAAUACCUUGUCUAAAUUAUUUGAAAAAUGUGUUAUUAUACUUUUAUUUUAUAAAAGAGUAGAAACAGACAAUAAAGGGAAACAUCAACCUAAACACUAUAGCAACUUAUGCAGUUGUAAUAUGUAUGAUUUUGCAAGAAAACUGUGUAGUUUUGACUGUGCAAAAUGAAAUGGCUGUUUGCUCAAAAAUUAUUUAUUUAUUUAAUAAAAUAGAAUACAAUAAACUAUUAAUGUGAUGUGCUUCAUUCCAUAUUACUUAUAUUUUUAUUUAUUUAAAAUCUUUAUUGCACACAAAAAACAGUUAGUUGGAUAAAAAAGCAGGUCAUAAGUCCAGCAGGACUGCAAUUCGCUGAAAUUUUGAAUACAAAGAUGUAUAUAGUUUUUUUGUUUUGUUUAUUAUUAAAAUAAGAUAAAAUCUUACUUACUUACAACUUUUGCUGUGUCAAUUUGAAUAAAUAAUGUACUUGUGGAAUAAUUUAGUUUUAUUGAAAAAUAUACAGAUCAUUCACAAUACACAACAGGACAACAAAACUAUCAAAAAUUGUUUGUAUUAAACUACUUAGAACAGAAAAGUGAACUGAAAAUGAAAAAUACAAUGUAAAACAAUGAAGUUUUGUUUACACUAAUUUCU